AUGGCCAGCCCAUCGACGGCUGCGUCGGCCCACGCCAAGGCAGCGCGCAAGCCAUCGCGCACGAUCUUCACGCGGGCCGACCACUCGCGCUACUUGAUGCGCGGCGACGGUAGCAUUCAGGAGCUUCCGCGGUUGGAUCUGACGCCACCGACCUUUCCCGUUGACACCCCGCAAUGGACAGCCGCGAUGGCUGCAUCGACGCCGUCGGACCCGACGCGCCUCCGCCUCGUGACUUGGAACAUGUGGUUCGACCCUAGGGCCCAGGAACAGCGCUUCGAUGCGCUCAUCGUGGACGUCCUGGCGCUCAACCCGGACGUCGUCUGCCUCCAGGAGGUUACGCCGCAGGUGCUUUCAGCGAUCGAGGCGUCGGCGCUGCUGCAGGCCACAUACGAACACAGCCCCGAGCCCGUGUGCCCCUACGGCUGUCUCAUCCUGGCGCGGCGAGCGCUUCGCCCAAAGUUUGCCAACACACCACUGCCCUCCAAGAUGGGGCGCUCCAUGGUCACAUGCGUCGUCCAAGGGCACAUGGGCACGCUGCCUGACGUCAUCAUUGGCACGGUCCACCUCGAGUCGCUCAACGCGCCGGCGAUGCGUGAGGCGCAGCUUCGCGCCUGCGCUGCCGUCUUCCUGCCGCACGCCAACGCGGUGCUCU